GGUAGUUGGACGUGUUGCUUGAGUCGCCACGCUAGACCCUUUGGGGGAAAAGGCGGCAUCGAGACCUCCAGCGAAGUCUCUCCUAUACCAACUCGAUUCCUUAUCUGUUUUUCUCUCUCCUUCCUGCCUCUUGCUUGCUGCCGUUGUUUCGCACUCAGUCAAAGUCAAGAUGGCUGUCGCAAGACCCAUUCGCAUGCUGGGUGCGUCAUGCAUUAUCCUCAUCCUCUUUCUGAUCUUUCAAAUGAACAAGGGACCUACUAGCAUCAUUAGUAAGGGGCCCAAAGGGGAGUAUACCGGCAUACAAAACGACCCCCUCAAGGAGCCGACCGGAGAACCCGAAGGACAUUUAUGGCGAGCUGACGAGCACGAUUAUGCCCCCGACAGUGCCAACUCCGCCCGGACCAACGCGGCGCUCAUCUCUCUCGUCCGGAACGAGGAGCUGGAGGAGUUGAUUCCGACCAUGCGCGAUCUGGAGCGGACCUGGAAUAGCAAAUUUAAUUACCCCUGGAUUUUCUUCAACGACAAGCCGUUUACAGAGGAGUUCAAGAAGCGCACACAAGCGCUGACCAAGGCGAAGUGCCAAUAUGAGCAAGUACCGAAGGAACACUGGGAUGUCCCCGAUUGGAUCAACAUGGACCUCUUCCGCGAGUCCGCCGAGGUGUUGAAGGAGCAGGGCAUUCAGUAUAGCGACAAGGUAUCCUACCAUCAAAUGUGCCGCUGGAACAGUGGCCUGUUCUAUCAGCACCCGGCGCUGAAGAACUACCGUUACUACUGGCGUGUCGAGCCCAAGGUUCAGUUCUUCUGUGACGUUGAUUACGAUGUGUUCCGAUUCGUAGAGGACCGCAACAUCACAUACGGUUUCACCAUCAACCUUUUCGACGCUCCCCAGAGUAUCCCAACUCUCUGGCCCGAGACGAAGAAGUUCCUUGCCGCAAACCCCACUUAUCUGUCCGACAACAAUAUGCUGGACUGGUUGACGGACGACCAAUUGCGCCCAGAGCACACCAAAGAUGCAAAUGGGUACUCUACUUGCCACUUCUGGUCCAACUUUGAGAUCGGUGAUAUGGAGUUCUUCCGGGGUGAGAAGUAUUCGGCUUACUUCAAUCAUUUGGAUCGCGCGGGCGGCUUCUACUAUGAACGAUGGGGCGAUGCUCCCGUGCAUUCCAUUGGUCUGGGUUUGUUCGCAGAUGCGGCGAAGGUUCAUUGGUUCCGCGAUAUUGGAUACAACCAUAUCCCUUACUACAACUGCCCCAACUCGCCCAAGUGCUCCGGCUGCACCCCAGGCAAAUUCUACGCCGGCGAGCCCUUCCUGGCCAAGGAAGAUUGCCGGCCUAGCUACUUCAAGCAUGUCGGAACCCAUUAAGCUUCUGUAACAUUCUAUUACAUUCUCUGGAAGCGCUCGCAGCAACAGUCAACAACCGUCCAGGCUCUCCACCGGAUAGAUUGCGGCGGCUGCAGCGAACGGGCAUGGUUUCUCUUGAUGGAUCUGUAUAUUAUCAGACUUGGGACUCGACGAGUCCACCUCGGGUACGAGAACGUCCCCGUUAUCCGACAUCUAACGACCUCAGUGCGCGACUAUCACGACUGGUUUGUUCCAUUGUACAUCGCAUACUCAGCAUUGACGACCCUAAGCACUUGAACUUGUUUCCCUUAAAAUCCUGGCGGCGUUGAAAGGAUCGGUCAUGGUCUUUUUUAUUCGAUUUUCAUCCCCAUAUUUACCUUAAAAUAGUCUCAUAUUUGAUAUCUAGCCGCGUUGUGCUCUCUUGAUCGAAUUGCUGCCGGCCUUUUGUUGUACCUAUAUAUUUCGUGACAUUUCAAACUGU